ACGUUAUCAAAGUAAUUGUUAUGAUGUAUUCAUAUACAGAGAUAGUUCACGAAAGACAAGAUAGUUUCAUCCAUUGCAUUAGUGGUGAACCGCUGCGGGGGCAAACAAGCAUGUUUUCUCUGCUAACGAGUACCAUAUCAUAUCUCAUUCUCUCUCACCAGCAGCAACUAAUCGAGUAGUACUCCAGUGCCAAUCCAUGCAGUAGUGUCAUUUCUGUGUCGGAUUUGGCAGAUAAUACCAUCAGUUGCCUGGUUUGCACGGUACGAUGAGCACCACCACGGAGGCCACCGCCGCGGCCUCCUCGGCCGUUGUCGACACUCUGACUGUGAUACCACCAGAAGAUUGGCCCGAGCUACGCGAGCUUUACGCAUCCAAUUGGCCUGUCAACUUGGUCGCUUAUCACACGGUUGAUAACUUCAUCCAGUGGCAUCGGAGAGACCCCAGCAUCAAGAAUCUCACGUUCUACAGUCUGAACGGCGGCUGGCGAGUGGACGGCACUUACGUGAUAGUGGAUCGCUAUCAGCUGUUUCUCUACACGCUUGCGGCCACCGGCAGUGACGUGCUGCGGCGUGCACUGCACCUGCUCGAUUGGAGUCAAGGCUUUAAAGUGAGUUCGUUCUUAGCGAGACAUCGAAACGCGGUGAUAGACGUGAUUGAUGCUAAAGGCAUCCGGAAAGAGUAUGACAGCUGCACCUAUCUGUAUUACUUACCGCGGGAGGAAUCGGCCAAGUUGACGGUCGAGCUUCCCGAAGGAUUCCGGCUGGGCGCGCUGACAGCCGACGACGCUGCGAAAGCCGAUGCCGUGUGGCCCAAUAGACACACGGGGUCGUUGUUCUUUUUGCAAAGGCUCGCCGCAUGGAACCCCAACGUGGGAUUGUACAACGCCGGCGGAGAACUGGUUGCAUGGUGUUUCAGACUACAAGCAGGACCCCUCGGUGCCCUCCAAGUUGACGAAAAACACCUGAAGAAAGGUUACGGAUCUAUCGUGACGGCAGCGAUGGCCAAAAAGCUAGCCGUUCUCAAUCAGGACUGUUUUGCGCUGGUUAGCAACAGUAACAUUCCGUCCAAGCGUAUGUUUGAAAAACUCGGUUUUAGACAUACGGACUUUGCCUAUUGGGUACGUACUUAUCCUACGGUACCAUUCCAGUGGAGUGAUGCUUAAAAUCUGAACCGCAAAGACAAAGACAGGAAUGGAACGAUAACAAAAUUGAAAAGAUGAUUGUGGAUGCUUUAGCAAUAAAUUAGUCAAUUCGAUGCCAAAUCGUUGUUACCGAA